UCUUAGAGCGAACACAUCGAACACAAGCUGAAGGCAAGAAACAAAAAUUAAAUCAGCUAUAAAAAUAUACAAAUUCGCCUGCUGAAGAGGCAAAGAUAACAUUUUAAUUGGUGGCCAAGAUGCAGUAAACAAUGUGCACAAAAUAAAUAAAACAAUACAAAAACGAUCUAGUGGUUGCUAAUUAGAAAAGACAACUAAUUCCCAGUGUAAACAUUUAGUUUGGUUAAAGCCAACAAUAAACAAAGAACAGAAAGAUGGCAAGUGUUGUGCGUUGUGAGAAGAGCGGAAGGAACCGCAUCCGAGAGCUAGUUUUGGUCCUGUCGUUGGUCCUGAUGGCCGGCGACUCGAGGGCCGCCCCCUUCGAUCCCUCCUUCUUUAUAGAGGGUGUCCAGUCGGAGGUGGUGAACCCGUUCAAUCGCACCAUCUUCAACCGCUUCAACCUGACUGAGGAGCAAAUCCUGAGCAUCCAGAACCGCAGCAAUCCGAAUAUGAGGGACACUUCCCCCCAGUCCCCCAACGAGGUGCUUCUGCGACAAGUCGCCACUCAUAGACUCAACGACAUCGCCCAGAUUGUUCAGAAGACCAUCUUAAACGAGAACAGUGGCGUAUCCAAGGAGAAGGCCGGCUUUCCCUUCUGCGAUAAGGAAACUACCAACUCGGAUGAAUGGCAGCUGGGCAACAACGUGACACUCCAUUUUGCCAGCACUGUUUUUUCGUCCAACAGCGAAGACCGUUUGAGCAGCGCUCUGCUCCGCCUCUAUAAGACCAAUCCCGGCCAGAAUCGCGACCAGGAUCCCGGCCAGAUUCCCGCUCAGCCGGUCAGCACGGAGUCGCCGGGCACCAUGGCACCGAAUUGCGCGAAGCAGCCGACCGUGGGUCCCCAGAUUCGGGUAACCGUCUCCAUUAUUCUCCAGCAGAGGAAGAAACAGCGCAAGAAGCGCACCUGCAACACCGCCAUGCUGAGCAGCUCCUCCACCGGCUGGGUGGAGAUCGACGUGAAGUGCGCCCUGGCCUACUGGGAGCAGCAGAACCGCCAGGAGCAACAGCACCGCCAGAUGCUCCGCCAGCAGCAGCCGCAGAACCAGUUGAUUACCAGCGUGGUGGGCUUGCUGAUGAUCGAGGUGCACGACGACGAGGAGAAUCCCCUGAAGCCGGGCCUCUACUUCGAGCCACCCACUUGCGAGCAGGCAGAGAUUGCAGUCCCAUGGAGUGUUUACCGAACAGAACCGUUUAAGUCUCAUCUGGCGAGUUGGACAUUGCCAAGAAAACCAAGGUUAGACCUUCUCUUCAACGGCAGCAACUCCAUGAAGAGCAGUUACAACACACCCAAGAGCAGAACGUACAUCGAAUCCACCACAUCCAACUCACCCACGAUCGACAACCAGCUGGACGAGAGCGGCGAAUACGAGAGCCAGCAGCGGGAUCGGGUCCACCUGCACCACCGACGCCACUACCACAGUCACCAAUCGAAUUCCGAAUCCGCCCAGGUCGAGGCCGAAAUCGGGGCCGAGGAGGCGAUGUCCUCGGCCAGCGGCAGCGAACAGCAGAUGGAGCCCGUUUCGAACCACCACCGACAUCGGACUGGCCACCAGCACCACCACCAUACGCACCACCAGCACCACCACCAGCGCCACCACCCCAAGCACCACAAGUUUUCGACCCACAAGCAGGAAUAGAUGUCGCGAUCAUCCAUCCACCCAUACCCAUUCUCUCUCACCCACACUCAUGCUGGUCUUAUAAUUAUUUCUUGUUUUAUAUUUGUAACUUUAGGGCCAGUUGACUUAAUUAGUUUUUAGUUGAUCGGUAUCCUAUUUAAAUUAUAUUUAAAAUUUCGUUGUAAGCUAAGCGCAAAUUUUCGGUCGAAAUUCGAUUUUAAUUUUAAAAUCUCUCUUAUAUUAGAAGCCUGUGAUUUAGAUGUGUUUGAAUUCGCACAUUUUUUGCUAUGAAAAUUGUUAGAACCUCAUGAUGAAAAGCAAACCCGGAAAACGUUUAACACGAAUUUAAGUAAAAUAUUUAGAUGGUAAACUAAAUUAAUCAAUGCCUUAUCGAAGCAUUACAAUCCCAGACUUCUGCACAAUCCACUCGAAAACCAGCAAGCCAAGGACGAACCAAAUCAAGCAUUUUCGAUUCCAUUGAUAAGCGAUUAUAGUCCCGGAAUACAGUUUUGUUAUAUAAUUAAGUCACUAGGUUAAAAGUGCCUUCCUGCUAGCAACGAAGCACCAAGAGCAGCCCUAAAUCUCAAAAUUUUCCCUUGGAAACUAUUGUUCUGUUUUGUUUUUAAGAUUUUAUAAGAACCACAUUUUCAUUAAGUCAAACUGCUGUCGAUGCAUAAUCCUUCACCUCCAUCCUAACUAAGUGCAUUUGUAAGUCGAUUGCAAAUAUGAAUAAAAUAUGAAACAUAAAUAUAUUAAUAAAUAUAAGACGCAAGCGUUUAAAGUUGCGAAUUAAAUAUGAA